AGUCAACAAGUUGUCAAAAGACAACAACAAUUAAAAUAUUUCCACAAAAACAUGAGCUCCGACAUUAAAUCCUUAGAAAGUGAGGUAUACCCCGUGGGAGAUUGGCAGAAACUGAAGAUACUCCUAUGGAAGAAUUGGAUUCUUCAGCGGAAUCAAAAAAUCCAGAUUAUUGUGGGUCUAAUCUUCCCAUUGGUAUUCAUAAGUCUCCUUGUGAUCCUGCGCAUUCUGGUUCUGCCCGAAAAGAUGCCAGAGAGUCGUUACAAACACGUGCCUAUAGAGAGCUUGGUGUUAUUCUUGCAAUGGGUGAAAAUGGGGAACAGGAUCCUGCAUUCCAAUGGUACGCUUAAUAUACCAAAGGCAUAUCUCUGCUAUACACCGGAUACGCCGACAAAUGCUGCUAUAGCGAGGUCUGCCGCCAUUUUCCUGUUCCUUAAUGGUACGCGUCCCUAUGAGAGUGCAGAGAAGAUGGAGCAUGACAUGUUGGAGCACAACUUUCUCGUUGGCGUUGAGUUCGGUCAGAACGAUGGUGGAGCUAUGAAUCAAAGAUUUCCCCUUAACUUCACCUACAGCCUACGAUUUCCCAGUGAGCUGCGAACGAUGCCGGGGCCGGUGAUAGAAACCUGGCAUACGCGUGAGCUAUUCGUGAGAUACGACCUGUCGGGGCCUCGCAAUCCGGAGCACGAUGAUGGAGGCGUUCCGGAUGGCUAUAUCCGGGAGGGAUUUCUACCGGUACAGCAUGCCCUUACCAUGUCCUGGCUGUCCCAGGCCACGCGACAAAGUAUGUUCAAGUUCCCGCGCGUCCGACUCCAGCGAUUUCCCUUCAGGGCCUACACGUUUGAUCCACUUCUACUGGGACUGCGACAACUGCUGCCUUUUAUAGUAAUCCUAAGCUUCAUGUACCCCAGCUCGGUGGUGACCAAGGAUGUGACCUCCGAAAAGGAGUUGCAGCUGAAGGAUAUGAUGAAGCUAAUUGGUGUGGAUAACUGGCUGCACUGGAUCGCCUGGUUCCUGAAGAGCUACCUGAUGCUGAUGAUGGUGGUUCUGCUCAUCCUGUUUCUGUUCAAGGUAAAUUUCUAUACCUCCGUAUCCAUCCUCACCAAUUCCCAGUGGAUAGUGAUUUUGGUGUUCCUGCACACCUAUGUCAUUGCCAGCAUAUGUUUCUGUUUCAUGCUGGCCGUAUUCUUCUCCAAGGCCAGUACGGCGUCGGCUGUUACCUGUAUUUUGUGGUUCAUCACCUAUAUUCCGUACACGUUUGCCUUCUACUACUACGAACACCUCAGCCUAUUUGGAAAAUUGAUGAUAGCCCUGGUCUUUUCGAAUUCAGCCUUGGGUAUUGGCUUUAACAUUAUAAUGGACUUUGAGGGCACUGGAAUGGGAGCCACUUGGAGCAGUAUGUUCCAUACUGUCUCUGCGGACGAUGACAUCACUUUGUUCUAUAUAAUCAUGACGCUCACUAUGUCGGCGCUUAUCUACCUGGGGAUUUGCAUGUAUGUGGAACAGGUAUUUCCAGGAAAUUAUGGCAUCGCUCGCAGGUGGAACUUCUUUCUCCAACGACAGUUUUGGUGUGGAUCUAAGCCCACAGAUUCUCCAAAGAAGAAACACAGAGGUGGCACGAGAAAACGACAGGUGGGCAUCCAAUUGAACAACUUACAGAAAACCUUCGGGAAAUUUAAGGCUGUCAAGGGUCUGAACUUGAAGAUGUAUCGCGAUGAAAUCACAGUAUUACUCGGACACAAUGGCGCUGGAAAGACCACCACCUUGCAUAUGCUCACAGGCAUAAUAGCACCCACAGCAGGAACGGCCUUGAUCAAUGGCUAUGACAUUAGAACCCAGUUGGACAUGGCCCGCCAGUCGCUGGGAAUCUGUCCGCAGCACAAUAUACUCUUCAUGAAGAUGAGUGUCCGGGACCACAUAGUGUUCUUUAGCAAACUGAAGGGAGUCCGUGGAUCCGAGGCUGUUAACAGAGAAGUUAAGAAGUACGUGGAGGUUCUGGGCCUGCAGGCCAAGUCCAAGGUGGCUGCCGAGAAUCUUUCCGGCGGCAUGAAGCGGAAACUAUCCCUCUGCUGUGCCAUGUGCGGCAGUGCCCGGGUUGUGCUCUGCGAUGAGCCGAGUUCCGGCAUCGAUGCCGCCGGACGAAAGAGCCUCUGGGAGCUGCUGCAGUCGGAGAAGCAGGGUAGGACGGUGCUCCUCACCACCCACUACAUGGACGAGGCCGAUGUCCUGGGCGAUCGCAUAGCCAUCCUGUCCGAGGGCAAACUGCAGUGCCAUGGCACCUCCUUCUACCUGAAGAAGCGAUAUGGAACGGGCUACCAGUUGGUGUGCAUCAUGCAGAAAGACUGCAAUGUAGACGCCGUAACUGAGUUGAUAAAUCGCCAUUUGCCGUAUCUGAAACCGGAAAGGGAAAUGGGCACCGAACUGACCUAUCGAUUGCCCCACACUGAGUCCAAAAAGUUCUCUGCCUUGCUGGCUGAUCUCGAUAGGAAUUGUGCGAAACUAAAGCUAAGUGGCUAUGGCCUGAGUGUGGCCACCUUGGAGGACGUGUUCAUGGAGGUUAACAAGGAAAAGCGAUACGAGGGAGGUGAAGAGAAGAAUGCAACCCCUGACUUUCAGACCCUUGUGUUUGACAACAAAACGCGGGAGAAUCGAUUUUUGAUUCGUUGCCUAAUGUGCUUUCAAGCUUUGAUGUUGAAAAAGAUCAAGGUAACCUUUCGUAAUUACUGGCUUAUGUUGAUACAGAUCCUGCUGCCCGUGGUUAUAUUGGUCUUGGCCAUUUUAAACUCCCGGGGCGGUCGCAUUUACUAUGAACUACCAGCAAUGGAGAUAUCACCAUUCCAAUAUAAAUCGAGUUUCAUGGUUUUGGAGGAUAAUUCGACCAACGAUCAAUUGAGUCCCCUGGCCAUGGCCUAUGCAAAGCAUACGGAACGUUAUGGGAAACGGUGUAAGUUGCUGAAAACAGGGGAUCUCGGCGUUGAGGAUUACAUAUUGGGUCUGGGCAAAAAAUGGAACCACCGCUUGGACUAUGCCUUUAUAGCGGGAGCCACAAUGCACAAAACUAACACCACCGUCUGGCUGAAUAAUAAGCCGCUGCACACUGCCCCCCUGACCUUGAAUAUAUUCCAUAAUGCCAUGGCUCGACAUUAUCUGGGCGAAAGGGCCGGCACCUAUGUGACCAAUAAGCCAUUGCCAUACAGCGACGAUACCCGGGUCCUGCGACUCAGCAAGGGUCAGAGAUUGGGCGCCGAGAUAGCCCUUAAUCUAACAUUGUGUAUGUGCUUCGUGACGGCAUUUUUUGCCAUACCAAUUAUCAAGGAGCGGGAGACGCGAGCGAAGCUUCUGCAGUUCCUCUCUGGCGUCGAUGCGUUCUCCUACUGGGCAACAAUGUUCAUAUGGGACUUCCUGAUAUUCGCGAUAUCGUCUUUCAUGGCCGUUAUCACAAUUUGUGCCUUCCAAGAGCCGGGCUAUUCGUCAGUCACCGACCUGAGUCGAUAUUAUGUCAUGUUAUUGAUAUUUGGCUUGGGUGGUUUGCCAAUAAGUUAUGUCUUGGCCGAUUGCUUCUCCGAUACCGCCAAUGGAUUCGUUCGCAUUGGUAUUUUUAAUCUGGCAACGGGGUGUGCCACAUAUAUGCUUUAUAUCACCCUUUCUUUUGAGGCCUUUAAGCUGCAGGAUGUGGCCAAGCAGAUGGCCUGGUACUUUCGAAUAUUUCCCCACUAUUGCCUGGCCAGUGCCACUCGUCACUUGCACAUUAGCCACAAUAUUCGCAGUGGAUGUAGUGUGCCUGCCUUGAAAAGAAUUCCCCAAGAAGUAAAGUGUAAGAAGUUGCCAAUGUGUUGCAAAAUUCCAGGUUACUUUGCAUGGAAGCAUCCUGGAGUUCUGCCGGAGAUAAUGUACAUCAUAAUUGUGGCCAUAUUACUUUUCCUGUUUCUGAUCAUAACAGAUUCCAAGCUGAUUCAUUCCAUAAGGCAAGCUUUAAGGAGAUUAGGCAAGUCCUCGAAGAAGCGAAAAACCGGUGGAUCUUCAGAAAAUCAGGAUGUAGUAGCAGAACGUAUGCUGGUCAGAGAACUGUUAGGUUCCCGAAGAAAAGAAAUACCUCUACUGGUGGACAACGUCAGGAAACAAUAUAGGAAAAAACUGGCUGUGAGAGGCGUCUCAUUUCAUGUUGGAAGUGCCGAAUGUUUUGGUCUUCUGGGAAUCAAUGGAGCGGGCAAGACGAGUGUCUUCAAGAUGCUAACAGGAGAUCACGAAAUCACCUCUGGAGAUGCUUACAUAGAUGGCUUAAGUGUGUCCACGCAGUUGAGACAGGCUCGCCAUAAGAUCGGAUACUGUCCGCAAUUCGAUGCAAUCUUCGAGGACCUGACAGGAACACAAAAUCUUCGCAUUUAUUGUCUACUGAGGGGCGUCCAGCGACGUUAUGUGAAAGACAUUAGCUGGACUCUUGCCCGGGCCUUUGGCUUUGAAAAUUACAUGAAUAAGCAGAGCAAACACUAUAGCGGAGGAAACAAACGGAAGCUGAGCACUGCUAUAGCCAUCUUGGGCAACCCAUCGGUGGUUUUCCUGGACGAACCCACCAGUGGCAUGGAUCCCGGUGCCCGGCGUAACCUCUGGCAGAUAAUGGAUCUCAUUCGGACGGCGGGGAAGUCCCUGGUCCUCACCUCGCACAGCAUGGACGAGUGCGAGGCGCUGUGCACUCGCCUGACCAUCAUGGUGGAUGGUGAGUUCAAGUGCAUUGGCUCAACGCAGAGUCUUAAGAAUCAGUACGCAAAGGGACUCAUCCUGAAAGUAAAAGUUAAGUUCAAAAAGAAAAAUUUUCAAAGAAUCAUACAGAGAUCGUCAUCGUCAUGCUCGGAAACCCUAGAACUAGACAGAGUAUUGGAUGAGAACUCAGCCAGAGUCGUCGAAGAAAUUAAAUUGAAACCCGACACGGGAUUUUCGAAUCGAAUUUUAAUCGUAAAUACUUUUAUACUGAAAAACAUUCGCGAUGCCGAACUAAAAGAUGAAUAUAAUGGACUUCUCACCUAUUUUAUGCCACAGAAUGAAUCUCUGGCUAAAGUGUUUCAGCUCAUUGAGGAGAACCAGAAGAAAUUAUGUAUUGAAGACUAUUUGGUAACGCAAACGAGGCUCGAGGAAGUUUUCCUAGAUUUUGCAUUAAAUUGUGAAAAUCGUGAAUCAGAUGUAAUUGAGAAAAAAAAAUGUUGUUGUUAAUGCUUAUCAUUUGAAUAUCGCUUCACAAGAUAGAUUUUCACGAACCAGUUGGAUUUUUAUAAUGGAAAUAAAACAAUUUAUAUGUUUUUGUUUUUUGUUAAA